ACUUUGUCAACCUCGACAAGGAAUGAGUAGUGAAUCCUCGUCCGCCGCAACCCAGUCACGCCGCCGCCAGCGCCAGCUGUGCAAAGAUGUCCAAAAACGAUAUCGAGCGAGCAAGAAGGCCGCGCACCAUCGCCUUGCCCUCGACGUGGCCAUCCUGCGGCAGCAAACUCAGGCAAUGUUAUUGUCUUUGGAACGAGGGCGACGAUGGGGGACGCAAGAGUCGGCGGUGGCCGAGUACUUCCGCAUGCUGGCGAAUGGGUAUGACAAGUCCGAGCGGCACAAUGCCUACUUCCGGUUCCUCUUUUCGCAUGACAUGCAGUUCAACGACCACGUUGCUGGCAUGGAAUCGCUGACGACGACAUUGACUCAGUACUCUGACGAGUUUGCAUCGGUUCAACUUCAGUGCUUUCGUCUGGAAGCGGUAUGCCAUGACUUUGCCGAGAACGACGAAGGCCGGGAGAUGGUGGUAGUCGAAGCGUCGGCGUUAGUGCGUUUACGUGUCGACUGGAAAACAGUCGCCGCACUCUUUCCGCAUUUACAAACCGAUCUCGUUGUCCGUUUGGUCGGGCACGUGCUCGUCUUGCCCAUUCGACUCACGUUUGCCUUUAACGACCGCGUCAAAGUAGCUCGCCACACGUCGGAGGCCAACAUUGUCCUAGCCCUGUACAACCAGUUCGGGAACCUUGCUGAUGCGUCGCUGGCGUCCGCGAAGACGAGAAUAAAGCCAAACGCGGAAAUCGUGCCAUCAUGAUCCCAUGCAUGAACGGGAUCUUUCCUUACACACUCCUUCAACUUGCCGUCAAACCGAGAGGUCUCUUUAGCCAUGGGUUCUCGCGCGCUGUCUUCUUGCUGGCGUAAGUUCUCUCUGGGUUUAUGGAUUAUACAAGCGAUGCUGCAGAAGGUUGGAGGUGCUUACAGGCCGUGAAGCGAUCUAAGCCAAAUGUCGUUGUGCUAUUUUGGGGAACACUAACAGGGCCACUCACGAAUCGAAGAG